AUGAUCCCCGAGGGAUGCAGAGCGCCGCCUACCGAUGCAGUGCUCAAUCACCUCAGUCAGGAAUUUGACUUCCAUGAGAUUCGUGAGGCCACGCAGAAUUUCAGCGCUUCGCAUCGCUUGGGAGAGGGCACCUACGGGACAGUCUUCAGAGGAACCCUCCGAGAUGGCACAGAGGUGGCCAUCAAGGCAUUGGCUUCGCCCAAAGAAGGCGGCUUUCGAGAGGAGGUUGAGGUGUUGAGUCGCUUCCGCCACCCGAAUCUUGUGAUCCUCAUGGGCUUUGCAAGAAAUGGGCGCGAGCGCUACCUCGUGUACGAGCUACUUCCGGGGGGUGACGUUCAUGACAGGCUGAACAAAGACGCGAGUUUCACCUGGGAGAAGCGCUUGAAUGUUGUGCUGGACUGUGCGCUUGGUCUUAGCCAUCUGCACGGGUCCCGACCGCAAGUGUUUCACCGAGACGUCAAGACGCAAAACAUGCUAAUGGACAAGAAUGGCACGGGCAAGGUCGCGGACUUUGGCUUGGCCUGUUUGGCGCAGCCCAACCAGCGCUCACUCACAGUGCGUGAGACGUCUGGUACCCUGGGCUAUGCUGACCCGCUUUACAUUCGUUCAGGAGUCAUCACUGAGAAGUCGGAGGUGUACUCGCUUGGAAUGGUGUUGCUGGAGGUUCUCACGGGGAGACCGCCUGCGUUGCAGCACCCCAACGGCAAGAUUGAGUACCAGUUUGAGCACCUCAACGGUGACAUGAGUAAACUGGGGGCGAUGGUGGACCGCCGGGGGCGGUGGCCGCCGGCCAUGGCGGAGCACGUGGGGCACCUGGCGCUGCAGUGCACCUGCGAGCAGGCAGGCUACCGCCCCAGCUUCGUGGACAUCGUGAAGCAGUUGCGAACCUGGCUGCGAGAUGAAUCGUUGCAUCAGCCAGCUGUGGAAAGGGCUUCCAGUGGUGCAUCACCCAUGGGGCAGCCUGCCGGCUGGUAUGACAAUUCUCCCACCAGACGCGCCUCAGCACAGAACCAACCAACGCCGGCGCCAGUGACCGCCGCGCCUCCCCCGUGGCCCGUGAGGGCACCUGCAGAAGUCGGAGCUCGCGCGGCCAAAGAGGCCAACGUCCUCGGCAAUUCGCUGUUGCCAUGCGGAGGUGGUGGGCACACCCAGCAGGUCUCGCAAGCACGGCCUGACCCCAAGGAGAUCUUGGAGCAGCAGAGGCAGCAGCAGCAGCAACAGCAGCAAUUGUUGCGGGAGCAAAUGCAGCGAGAGACGAUGCAAAGGCAGCAGCUGCAGCGUGAGCUGCAGCGGGAAAGGGAAAGAGAGCGAGAGCAGCGGGAACAGCGGGAGCAGCAGGAGCAAAUGGCGCGGGAGCAGCUGCAGCGAGAGAGGCUGUUGAGGGAACAUCGUCAGCGUGAGGCUGAGAGGGCCGCAACAGCAACUCCGGCGCCGGAAGUGGUUCGAGAUAAGCUCCCUUUCCCACAGAGAGCACAAGUCCGCAGCGAGCGGACAGAGCCUGAACGCCCCCGCGGCGUGCCGGAGAUCUCGCGGUCGCCUGACCGAAGUUCCGAGACCUACAAACAGCGAAGCUCGCCAACCCAGGGUGGGAGCCCCAGCCCCAACGGCUACUCAGGAGCCGGCUUUGAUGUGCCCUUUCCGCCACGGAAGUGGCAGACUUUCGAAGGUGACGGCGUUGGCGCCACAGAUUCCACCAGGGCAGCCAAUACGGGCUCCACCGUCAGCAGCCAGAUCCUGUCUCCUGCAGAGCGGGAAGCCGAGCGCGAGCGGAACUUGCGAGUCCUGGAGGAUCUUUGCAUUAGCCGUGACAAGGCGAGCGAAGCACUCAAGCGAUGCUCCACAGUGGAGGCUGCCUUGGAGUGGAUUUACACCACCUACGGCAGCGCCCUGAAGAUGGGGGACACCGAAGACAGGAAGCUCUUCGUGGCCAAAAUGCCGGAGGACAUCCGGGAGGAAGAGAUCAAGAUCGUCUUCAACACAUAUGGGCCAGUGCAGGAGGUGGUGAUGCUGGGCCCCGAGCGCUCCAGGCCGGGCCAGCGGUGUGGCUUCGUGAUCUACGAGACGGCCGAGGCCGCUAGGUCCGCCGUGCAGGUCCUUGACAACGUCUACAAGUUCCGCGAAGGUGCGCCUGAACCGAUCCAUGUCAGCCUGGCCAGACCGCGUGGAGGCAAGGGUGCGGGACCUCCAGGCGCAGGCGGCGGCGGCGGCUUUGGCAAGGGAUAUGACCAGGGCUAUGGGGGCGGAGCAGGUUACGGCUGUGGCGGCUGCGGGGGCUGCGGCGGCUGCGGGGGCUGCGGUGGCUGCGGAGGCUGCGGCGGCUUUGACCAGGGCUACAACAAGUGGGGUGGAGACCAAGGGUACGGCGGCGGCUGUGGAGGAUGUGGAGGAUGCGGCGGCUGGGGCGGCGAUGGAUAUGGCAAGGGCUGUGGCGGUGGCUGCGGCGGCUGCGGCGGCUGCGGUGGCGGCGGAGGCGGCGGUGGCGGCGGCAAGGGAGAGCCCGGCACGAAGCUGUAUGUGGGCAACUUGCCAGGCGACGUUCAACGAGAUUCUCUGGAUGUGGUCUUCAAGACUUACGGCACUGUCACGGACAUCCAUGUUAUGACAGGAAAGUCCAAGAGCGGUCAGGCCUGCGCCUUCGUGCGCUACAGCACCCCUGUAGAGGCCAGCAAUGCCAUUGCAGCGAUGGCCCAAGGUUACGAGAUUAGGCCCGGUGAAGGAAACAUCAUCGUGAAGCUGGCUGAUGGACCUGAUGGCAAGGGCGCGAAGGGCGGCCGGCCGGGCCCGUAUUAG